CUAGGUGAAAAUUAUGCUCCUUACAGGAAAUAAUCCCUAGUGGCCCUUCUUGAUCGCUAAUACGAUUAACAAGUUUUGUGCCCGACGAGGGCCACACUCGGGUGCACAGAUCCAGGCGGGAUAAACACUUGAAUAGUUCAUAUCCAUCCUUCACUACAGGAAACAUCAGAAUGAAACCACAAACUCCAAAAGUCUUAGACACUAAUGACUAUUCACAAACAUUGGGGAUAUCACAGCAGAUAUUUAGAGAAGAUUGUGAAUUGGCAGGAACUGUGAAGCAAUCAUUAUGUACAGAGAGUAAUUUAGUCAUCAAACAAGAGGACAACAUUUAUGACUUAUCUAGUGAAAUUAUUAUCCCAGAGGAAAAAGCACACACACUUACUGAGUUUUCAAAACAUAUUAAAGAAGGGAGAAGUCUACAGUCUAGCCAAAUGAUUAAAACAAAGGAGAAACCUUUCAAAUGUACAGAAUGUGAGAAAAGCUUUAGAUUGAAGUCUCCUCUACUAGAACACUACAAAAUUCACACAGGUGAGAAACAAUACACAUGUCCUGAGUGCAGCAAAUGUUUUACACAAAUGGAUUAUCUGAAAACUCAUGAAAGAAGUCACACAGGAGAAAAAACUUUCAUUUGUGCAGAAUGUGGGAAAAGUUUUACACAAAAGUGUAAACUGAAAACUCAUGAAAUGAUUCACACAGGAAAAAAGCCUUUCAAAUGUACAGAGUGUGGAAAAAGUUUUACACAAAUGGAUCAUCUGAAAACUCAUGAAAGGAUUCACACAGGAGAAAAGCCUUUCACAUGUACUGAGUGUGGAAAAAGUUUUGCACGAAUGGAUAGUCUGAAAACUCAUGAAAUCAUUCACACAGGAGAAAAGCCUUUCGCAUGUACUGAGUGUGGAAAAAGUUUUACACGAAUGGAUCGUCUGAAAUCUCAUGAAAGACUUCACACAGGAGAAAAGCCUUUCACAUGUACAGAGUGUGGAAAAUGUUUUACACAAAUGGAUAGUCUGAAAUCUCAUGAAAGGAUUCACACAGGGAAAAAGCCUUUCACAUGUACUGAGUGUGGAAAAAGUUUUACACGAAUGGAUAGUCUGAAAACUCAUGAAAGACUUCACACAGGAGAAAAGCCUUUCACAUGUACUGAGUGUGGGAAAUGUUUUACACGAAAGAGUGAUCUGAAAACUCAUGAAAGACUUCACACAGGAGAAAAGCCUUUCACAUGUACUGAGUGUGGGAAAUGUUUUACACAAAUUAAUGAUCUGAAAAAGCAUGAAAGGAUUCACACAGGAGAAAAGCCUUUCACAUGUACUGAGUGUGGGAAAUGUUUUACACAAAUUAAUGAUCUGAAAAAGCAUGAAAGGAUUCACACAGGAGAAAAGCCUUUCACAUGUACUGAGUGUGGGAAAUGUUUUACACAAACUAAUGAUCUGAAAAAGCAUGAAAGGAUUCACACAGGAGAAAAGCCUUUCACAUGUACUGAGUGUGGAAAAAGUUUUACACAAAAGAGUGAUCUGAAAAAGCAUGAAAGGAUUCACACAGGAGAAAAGCCUUUCACAUGUACUGAGUGUGGAAAAAGUUUUACACUAAUGCAUCGUCUGAAAACUCAUGAAAGUAUUCACACAGGAGAAAAGCCUUUCACAUGUACUGAGUGUGGGAAAUGUUUUACACAAAUUAAUGAUCUGAAAAAGCAUGAAAGGAUUCACACAGGAGAAAAGCCUUUCACAUGUACUGAGUGUGGAAAAUGUUUUACAGAAAAGAGCGAUCUGAAAAAGCAUGAAAGGAUUCACAAGGGAAGAAACCUUUCACAUGUUUAGAAAGUAGAAAAAAGGUUUUAAUGAAAUCAGGUAUCACAAAACACUAACGGCUAGAUUACGAGUUCUGCGUUAGCCUUAAAAAACAGCGUUAAGGGGUCCUAAUGCUGCUUUUUAAUGCCUGCUGGUUUUACGAGUCUAGCAGGUACAGGUGUACCGCUCACUUUUUUUCCACGACUCGAGGCUACCGCAAAUCCCCUUACGUCAAUUGUGUAUCCUAUCUUUUUAAUGGGAUUUGCCUAACGCCUGUAUUAUGAGUCUUGGAAGAAGUGAGCGGUACAGCCUCUAUCUCCAAGACUCCUACUGCAUAAAAAAGUCAGUAGUUAAGAGUUUUAUGGGCUAACGCGAAACAUAAAGCUCUUAAUUACAGUGCUAAAAGUACACUAACACCCAUAAACUACCUAUGAACCCCUAAACCGAGGCCCCCCCACAUCGCAAACACUAUAAUAAAUUUUUUUAACUCCUAAUCUGCCGACCGGACAUCGCCGCCACUAAAAUAAAUGUAUUAACCCCUAAACCGCUGCAAUCCCGACUCACAAACACUAUAAUAAAUUGUAUUAACCCCUAGUCUGCCACCCCCAACAUCGCCGCUACUAUAAUAGUUAUUAACCCCUAAACCUAAGUCUAACCCUAAC